AUGCACAACAGCACGCGAUCUCGCAGUCUCCGCUCGAGUACGCAGUAUCGUGAUAACCCUGACGAAUCGUCUGGCCCGGCCGUCGAGCUCACCGUCCUUCAGCCUUCCGGAAGGGCUGCGCAAUCAACCGCGACAAAACGAGAGCUUCGUCGUCAACAACAGAGGCUCGAGAAACUCGAGUCUCUCGCCGAGCGCGAAGAGAUGAAAUUCUCCCACAGCAUUCAAUUUAAUGCUGUACCUGAUUGGAGCAACCACUACAUCUCCUACAGCAAUCUGAAAAAGCUGAUUUAUACACUUGAGAAGCAGAUCAAUCAGAAGCCGACCGCUGGUCAAGAUGAAGAGAACAGUGCCCUGCUGGGCGGGCAGUUGGACCCUGACACAACCUUCAAGCGUAUGCUGGACAGUGAGCUUGACAAAGUCUGCUCGUUCUACAGAUUGAAAGAGCUGGAAAUAUUCGGAGAGCUUGAACAACUUCUUAAAGAUGUCGAGCACUACAAGGCCGAGACACAGGAUGUUGAUAUGGAUGAAGUGGUAGACGCCGAAAACCGCAGAAGGGUGAAUAGGUCUUCCAGCAUAUUUCAGAUGCCGUUCCGGCGGAAAAGAAGGGCGUCCACCUUAAGCGCCAGCCUGGAGGAGCCAGAGCUUGAGGACGAUAGCGACAGCGAUGCUGACGAUAAUUCGGCUAUGCUGCGAAAAACAAAGUCACGCCCAAACAAGCCACGGAGUAAGAGUGUAUGGGAUGGCGGAUCUGCCCUGGAUGGAAUGGCUGAUUCGAGGGAAGACUUGAGACUCGCACAAGACUCAGCCUCAAUGUUGCGUCGGCGACCAAGCAUGGCGAUGGAGUUGGAGCAGAAUGAGCCUGGCCAGCUGUCUGCCCUCUACGAUUCUGGCAUCAACGUCAAGAAGCGCAUCAUCAACCUAUACGUCUCAUUGUGUGAGCUGAAGUCAUUUAUCCAGCUAAAUCAGACUGGCUUCAAAAAGGCGACCAAGAAGUACGACAAGGUCUGCAAUCGCGAUAUCCGCAAGAACUACAUGGAGAAGUCGGUUAGUCCGUCAUAUCCAUUCCGAGAAACGACCCUUGCCCAUGUGGACGAGCACAUCCGGCAAAUUGAGAGCACGUACGCAGAAGUCGUCACCAAGGGCGAUCUGCCUCUCGCGCGCCGUGAGCUCCGUCUUCAUCUGAGAGAGCAUGUUGUGUGGGAGCGCAACACCGUCUGGCGAGAGAUGAUUGGCAUUGAGCGCAAGACCCAAGCAGCCAACUUUGGCCUCCGGCAGACUCUCCUCGGCGGCAACAAUGACCCUUCCAAAGCUCGCCUACAAGGUGAUCAGGAAGAUCCUAAGACGAAAGAGUUCCAGACACCUGUCGGCCGCUAUCAUCUGCCGCGAUGGAUGGUCUCGUCCACCUUCCUCACCUUGCUCGUCAUUCUCUCCAUAUUCAUCCUUCUUCUCGCCAUUCCCAUCAUGAAGAAACCGGAACAACAGAACUGCCUCGCGAUGCUCGUCUUUGUCUCACUUCUGUGGGCUACGGAAGCAAUCCCCCUGUUCGUCACAUCCCUGCUUGUUCCUUUCCUAGUGGUCAUCCUGCGCAUUAUGCGCUCCGAAGACAAGCCACAUACUCGACUCGACUCUGCUGCAGCCACCAAAGCCGUCUUCGCCGCCAUGUGGACGCCUGUUAUCAUGCUCUUACUAGGCGGCUUCACCAUUGCCGCGGCCCUCAGCAAAUACGACAUUGCGAAGAUGAUGGCGACCUUCGUGCUCAGCAAAGCCGGUACCCGCGCUAGAACUGUGCUUAUCACUAACAUGUUCGUUGCGAUGUUCCUGUCAAUGUGGAUUAGCAACGUGGCGGCUCCCGUCCUAUGCUUUUCCAUUAUUCAGCCAAUUUUGCGCAACCUGCCGGCGGAUUCGAACAUGAGUAAGGCACUCAUUCUCGGCAUCGCCCUGGCUAGUAACAUCGGUGGUGCCGCCUCUCCUAUCGCUUCGCCGCAGAACAUCAUCGCGCUCCAGAACAUGCAUCCCGGUCCUAGCUGGGGCAUAUGGUUCUUCGUCGCGUUGCCCGUCUGUAUUAUCACGAUCCUGUUAAUCUGGCUGCUGCUCCUGGUCUCCUUCAAACCCGGUCGUGGAACCACCAUCGUCCCUAUCCGUCGCAUGAAGGACCGGCUAAACGGCGUGCAGUACUUCAUCAUCUUCGUGACGCUCGCCACGAUCGUGCUGUGGUGUACAAGCCACCAGCUCUCCUCGAUCUUCGGCGACAUGGGUGUCAUCGCCAUCAUUCCCCUAGUGCUCUUCUUCGGUACCGGCAUCCUCACAAAAGAAGACUUCAACAACUUCCUCUGGACCAUCAUCAUCCUGGCUGCCGGCGGGCUCUCGCUUGGCAAAGCCGUGAGCUCCUCGGGUCUGCUGCACACCAUCGCCAAGAGCAUCACGGACAGCGUCUCCGACUUCUCCAUCUACGGCGUCUUGCUGGUGUUUGCGGGCCUGAUCCUCGUCGUAGCCACCUUCAUCAGCCACACGGUCGCGGCCCUCAUCAUCCUGCCGCUCGUGCAGCAGGUCGGCGCCAACAUGAAGGACCCGCACCCGAAUCUGCUGGUCAUGGGUGGCGCGCUCAUGUGCAGUGCCGCCAUGGGUCUGCCGACCAGUGGAUUUCCAAACAUGACGGCCAUCAUGAUGGAGGUCCCCGAGACGGGCGUGCGCUACCUGCGCGUCCAGCACUUCCUGACGCGCGGCGUCCCCAGCAGUAUCCUGGCCGGCGCAACCAUCGUCACGGUUGGGUAUGGUUUGAUGGUUGCGGCGGGUUUGUAA